AUGUCUGUCACGUCAGGCAUACGCUCGCCUGCCCGCUCGGAAGCGCAGUCUCCCGUCUCUCGCACCAAGUUCGACGCUGAUCUCCUCAAGGCGUACAUGAAGAAGCUGCUGUCCACAACGUUACAGAGUGCCGCGUGGCCAGAGCCCAAGGAGCGGCAUCGCGUCAAGGGUUGGAUGAAGGAGAUAGGCGAGCGCGUCAAGGAGAGAAUGAUUGAGAUUGAACCCAGAGGCUUCAAAUAUAUUGUCAUGACCCAAAUCAAUGAGAAUCUCGGACAAGGAGGACGAGCAGAUAUGGCAUGCCAUUGGGAAGAUACGGACACAGUGGCUCAGGAGGUGUUUGUGAACGAUUCCUUGAUCUGUAUUUGUCUCGCGUUCGCUGUACGGACAGCCUGA